AGAAUUCAUAAAAGUCCUCAACCCACCGCUUCGAAGCCCGUUUCAACUGAAACAACCCUCGAGAUGCUCCUCAAGCAGAUCCUCGCCUUCAGCGCUUUCCUGGCCGCCAUAGCCUUCGCUAGCCCUGUUCCGGCUCCCGCUGAGGACGGUCUCAUCAUCAUUGAGCAGACCGAGACCGAAAACGGAACCAUCACCUGGUAUGGCGAUGAAUCGACUCCCAUCACGGCUCGCUCCACCCCGUCACCCGAGCUCGACAAACGCUGCGGCUCCAACGCCGUGACCUGCUCCGGUUCCCACCGGGCCUACGCGCCCGUGUGCACCAACUUGAUCAACAGUCUUUCGAGCCAGGCCAUCCCGCAGUCUCCUCGCUCGGUCUGCUUGAGCCAGGGCGGCAACCAGUGCUGCAUCAGCUGGGCGAACGUCGUCCAGGAUGCGCAGUUCUAUUACCUGCAGUCCGCGGCCCGGAAGGCGCUGAAUGGCUGUGUUAGCAGCAGCUAUGUCAGUGCAUUGACUAGGGAUACAUUGAUUGGAAAUACUUGCACUACCCAGUGCCUUUCUAAUCGCGCCACUGGUUGCUCCUAGAUAGGGGGUGCGAGAUACCGCCUUUGGGAGACGACCGAGUGCCCUUGGGGAUUGGCGUGAAAUGGAGGUAACUUCCAUGGUCUGACAUGAACACAGGGUGUUGAGGGAGAGCUUGAGGUAGAAAUUAGGGUAUGAACGAGGAAGAGCUUGUACCUACCUCCAGGUAGUGUACAUAUGACAUGGACACAUCAAUCAAUCACCAGAUUGCCUCCUUUGGGAAAGAUCAAUUCGACGGACGUCGACUUCCUAUUUCAACUCAUUGUGCGCGGAAUCCACUGUGGUAGAGGUACUAAAGUAGUACUUGGACUGGACGCUUCGUUCCGUCGUUUCAGUUGUUCGGUCACGAACCGGGCACUGCAGUCGAAGAUGACAUGGAACAGUUGGUGAAGCUGCAGCUGGAGUGGUCCGGGUGUCGCUCGCCAAUGCAGUGGAUAGCGGGAGGGCAACAGCACCCGACACUGCGGUCUUGGCAUCGCAGGCCGCUAGCACUAACAAUGCAGGAACUAGUGUUAGUCGCCGAGAAGACACCAUAGGACUAAGGAAGUCGCGUGUCGCUUACCCUAUCAUGUAUUCUGAAUAGACGUAAAUUUGAUG